AGCACAAGCGUCAAUUUUACUGUUGUUUUAGGACCCGAAUCUACAUUAGAGAAUGAAAAGGACCGUCCGCAUCUUGCGCCUGUACUACACGCCGCGCAUACGAUACAUAACAACCCCGCGGUUGAGGGCUGUUGUGACACUACGCCUUUUGGCAUACAUGACUAUAAAUAUUGGUGGUCUGCUGCCCGAGAUUCUCUAUGUCACUUGUAUCUACAAAGAUAAUUGCAAUGUGGAUGUCUAGAGUAUCAGUUUUCCUGUGUUGGGCUCUCCUCCCCUGCAGUCUCGCUAGUCUGUCUCAAUGUCCAUUGAACGGUAACUAUUCGGUACUGGAUGGAAGUCCGAAUAUUACAGCUGAACUGGGUCCCCUGUUGUCCACCAAUGCGCGAAUCUACCUUCCAGGGUCCGAAGCCUUCGAAACCGCCACUACCAGAUGGAGUGUUCUCCUCCAGCCUGCAAUUGCCGUAGUUGUCAUGCCUGCCGUGGAAGAAGAUGUUGUGCAAACGGUCAAAUAUGCGAACAAGCACGGCAUUGAUUUUCUCGCCAUUGGUGGCGGGCAUGGUGUAACAUCAGCGCUCAGCAAGGUGCAGAAUGGCAUUGGGAUCUGGAUGCGAGGAAUGAAGGAGAUUACCAUUGCGGAAAGUGGUUCUCAGGCGACCAUCCAAGCGGGAGUGGAAGCUGGUGAGGUGACAAAGAUACUAUGGGAUCAGGGUAAGCAGGCUAUGUCUACCGCCUGUGACUGUGUGGGGUUCAUUUCGACUAUCCUCGGAGGCGGCCAUGGCUGGUUACAAGGACGUCAUGGGCUUGUCACAGAUAACCUGAUAUCUGCUCGUGUUGUUCUUGCGAACAGCACGGCCGUGACUGUGUCAGACAAAGAAAACCCGGAUCUGUUCUGGGCACUUCGAGGAGCGGGGCAUAAUUUCGGAAUACUGACAUCGGUGGAGUAUCGCAUCUUUGAUCAAACCCCUGAAGAGGCUAGCUGGGCGUACGAGGAGUAUAUCUUCUCCCACGACAAGCUUGAGGAGCUUUACAGCUUUGUUAAUCAGCUAGUCCGAAGUCCUACUAACGCGAUUCCGCCGAUCAUCCUCUUCUGGAUCAUAUGGCAGGGCCGAGAGAUUCCAUCUCAAUACGUCCAGCCAAUCCGCGCACUUGGACCAGAAAGCAUCAAGACCGACGUCAUUCCCAUCACGAAAUUGAACUCUGUCGCUGGGGCGGCAUACGAUACUCCCAACUGCGGGAACGGUGCCAGCACAAUGCUCUUCCCGAUCGGUGUACCCUCGUACAACCUGAAGGCGUUACGAAAGGCGUUCGAUGUCUACUCUUCAUUUCCAGAGUGGCUCAACAAUUCCUUCGUCUUACUCGAGGGGUACUCCACCGAGGCGGUGCAUCGGGUCCCAGCAGAAAGCACUGCAUUUCCAGAUAGGUUCAACGAGCUGCUUCUCGCACCGCUCAUGAUAUUUGCUGCCGAUAGCGGACCAGAACGUUAUGAGAUCGCUCAGAACUAUGCGGAGAAGAUUAGAGAGGCACUAGUCGAGGGGAAUAGUGGCGUGUUGCAUGCAUAUGUCAAUUAUGCACAUGGGAACGAAGAGUUGAAGUCGGUGUAUGGGUAUGAAGAGUGGCGACUGGAAAAGCUGAGGAGAUUGAAGAAGGAAUGGGAUCCAGAGGGGAAGUUUGGGUUCUAUGUUCCAAUUGAGUAG